GAGUCGCUGUCAAGCAAGCAUUUGUUACAGCUUGCAAAAGGCAGAUUAUUCAUCUUCAUAAUGGAGGAUGACGAUGAUCAUGAUGUUUGUUUGAUCAUGGCCAUGAGACGUCGCUGUAGAAGAAGAUUUCUUGCAAAUUGACAGAGAUUCCUCAACUCAUUGUUCACGUUGCCUAUCCCUUCGCCUCACAUUUCCAGUGGCCCUUUCUCAUUCCUGUUUUCUCUCUUUCUCUCUCCGGCUUUCCCUCUCUGAUCUCCCGCCGCCAUGGACCGCCCCCGGCCUCCAACGAAGCUCCCCAAGACCGAAAAGGAGAAGGAAGCGGUCGUCGUGCAGGAGGACGGGGACGAGGAAGAUGAGGCAGCGGCGGGCGUGGACACCAAGAGGCGAUUGGCGGCGAAGAGGGGGUCAGGGAGCUGCGGCGUGACGAGAUGCCAGGCCGACAAGUGCACCGCCGAUCUGACGGAGGAGAAGCGGUAUAAUUGUCGGCACAAGGUCUGCGAGGUGCACUCCAAGGCCGCGGCCGUCGUCGUCGCCGGCCGGCGGCAGAGGUUCUGUCAGCAAUGCAGCAGAUUCCAUGAGCUAUCAGAAUUUGACGAGUACAAAAGGAGUUGCCGUCGGCGUUUGGCUGGUCACAACGAGCGUCGCCGGAAAAGUUCUUCAGAAACUGCAGAGGGAAAUCAAGGCUUGAGUCGCUGUAGAGCAGCCAACCAAGAAGGGAAGACUCAAAUGACCGCAGCGACAUUGUCCCUGGCAAUUCCGCGUUCAAGCAUUUCCACUUCCAUCUCCCUUGAACCAUGAUCAUGCUCUCUCUCUUCUGUCAUCCUUCUGUGUCUCCUAACUCUAAGACUUUAAUGUACAGCUUUGUUGGAUCAUUGGCGAAUUAAGAAUGAACAAAAACAAUGAAUUAUUCCUAUGA